AUGGCAGGAAGAGGACGUGGAAAAUUCAAACCUUCUAUGUCAUUUAAUACAGAACAAUUAGGAUUUGCUAAAGGUGAAGUUUUACCACCUCCGGUUUUGCAACCUCCACAGAAAUAUCCUAUGUUGGAAUAUAAAGCUUUGACUUUUUCAAUUACCAAUGAAAUGAGUUAUUUAUUGGAAUUGAAAAGGGACUAUACUGAAUAUUUAAGAGAAUCUCCAUAUAAUGUACAACCUAUAGAAUUGAAAAAAGAUAUUGAACGUUAUUCUGAUCGUUAUCAAGAUUUGAUGACUGAUAAAAGUGGCUAUGAUACUAGAUAUGAUUGGUCCAAAGUACCAGCGGAAUUAAAACCAUCUAUUCGUAGACAAAAAAGUCAAGCGACUGUACAGCCUAAGAAAAAACAGAAAACUGUUGAUAUAGAAUCAAAGUUACAAGAAUUAGAAAAGAAAGAGACUAAUCAACAGAGUGAUGUACAGGAAGAGGAAGAAGAAAAGGCUGAUGAAGAAGCAGAAGAAAAAGAAACAGAUGAAGUGGUUGAGGAUGAGGAAGAAGAAUUAGAUGAGGAAAUGGAUGAAGGGACUGAUUAUGUAAAUAAUUAUUUUGAUAAUGGAGAAGGUUAUGACGAUGAAGAAGAUAAUAUGGAUGAUGGACCUAUCUAUUAAAAUUUAUCUUUAGAGUAUUUAAGAAUUCGGUUUUUGAUCAUAUGCUUGCACAGUGUUUCUAUUGCAGAGUUGUAUAUAUAUAUGUAUAUAUAUAAUCUAAUGCAAUUAAAUUUCUCAUACAAUAAUAGAAAUAUAUAUAAUAUGUAUUAAAAGUUUGUAUAAAUGACUAAUUUAUAUUUUUAAUAUACUUACCUCGUUUGCGUUUAAUUAAUACCAUUUAUAAACAAGUACUUAUAAACAAGUUUUCUAUAUUUAUUAUAUUAUUUUUUAUUUUUAUCAGCUCAAAACGUAUAAAUUAUUUAAGCUACUGAUUGAAAAGGAUUGUAUCUUUUACUAAAGAAAAACAAUAAGGAUAUAAUAUUUUUAAUAACAGGAGAGAUAGAGAAAUAUGUUCUUUCAAAGGUAAUUUUUAAACAUAAUGAUGAUCGUAAUUUCGUUGAAGUCCAGGGGAAAAGAAUGUGAUAAGCUUAUUUAUUUUAGCGAAAUUUUACACAACAAUUAACAACCAAAAUGUUUUUUUUUAUUUUUUUUUUUAUUUUUUUUUUAUUUUAUUUUAUUUUAUUUUAUAGUAUCGAUUAAAAUUCUGCGGUUGUCUCCUGUACGUUCGCCGAUUUAUUCCAAAGGCCCGUAAUUUUCGACUAUGUACCGAAAUGGUUGGACCACCAUCGGUGCAGAGAAAACAUAAAGUAAGAAUGCAGAUUAAUCAGCAAAUCUUAAGAUAUAUUUAAAGAUUAGAAAGGGUCGAACAAUCGUGUUUUUCCAUGUGGAUUUAAAGCGCGCAUCGAAAUUCUAUUGUACAAAAAUUAGAACGUUGUACAUACAUAUAUAUGCAUAUAUAUAUAUAUAUAUAUAUAUAUAUAUAUGAUUUUCGAACAGAACACACUGAAUUAUCUUAUGAAUGAAUUAAUUUUGCUUUCGUACUUCGACGAGUGAUCGAAAUGCCAUUUAAUUAUGCACGUCCGCUUCUUCUUACCGCUUAAAAAAUCUUAAAGCGUAUAGAACAAAAUUCUUGCGACCGUGUAAUAGUUUUUCAUUUUGUUUGUAUCUUUGUUUGUUUUAUUUUAUUUUAUUUUAUUUUAUUUAUUUUUUUUUUUUUUUUUUUUACUUUUUUCUCCGUUCGGAUAAACAAUUGCAUUCGGUUUAGCCAGCGAAUAAUUUAUCUUUCAUUAACCGUUCGAGCUCUGUACGGAAGCGUAGUGGGGCUUACGUCGAUGCGAAUUUUUUUCUCUACUUUUUUAAUUGUGUGAUUUAUAACACAUAUAUUCCAUAUAAUGCUACACCUCUGCAUAUUCGAUUAUUCACAGCCUAUGUUUCAAUGGGAAAACGUAUCGGUGUAUUAAUGCACUGACACGGUAUUCGCAUAAAUAAAAAAAAUAAAAAAAAAAAAAAAAAAAAUAAAGAAAAAGGAUUAAAAACAAAAAUAUUAUAAGAUGUAGAAUACAAUCCAAUCGAAUUACACUAGAAUUAAAUAAACCGUAUUUUUUGUAACGCAUGUCUUAUCGUUUUCUCCUUUUUCUUUUUCUUUUUUUUCUUUUUUCUUUUGGUAAGAAAGUUUAUUACCCUCGCGGGACGAAUAUUGAAAAAUGUAUAAUGGUCUGUCGUCGUUGUGUGUCCCGUCUAUACGAAAUCUUUAUGCACGAUCACUUAACGUCGUAGGCACGGGGAAAUAUUCAAGGAAUAUUGGAACUCUCUAUGAGACAUACAUACUUGCUAACAUCGUAACACGAUUUCGUGUAACAGAGAAAGCGUAAAUCGUGUGAAAAUGAAAGCAAUCGAAGUCGUUCUUCUUUUUCUUCUUUUUUUUUUUCUUUUCUUUUCUUUUCGUUUCUUUUCUUUUUUUUCUCCAAUUAUAAUGACGAACACUGGACGUUUGAACACAUGAUCCCCAAGAGUGUUUAUCAACAAAGUGGUAAAAUUUCUCUCAAGAGCUAUAGCUCGAAACUGAAUAAUAUGUAUAAGAAAUUUGUUUAUAACUCGCUAACUUUAACAAUAAAAGAUUCAGCCCGCACUCGCUGAAUUUUAAUUGGCAUUCGAUUUUCUUCUUCUUCUUCUUCUUCUUCUUCUUUUUCUUCUUUUUCUUCUUCUUCAUCUUCUUCUUUUUUUUUUUUUUGGUUUUUUAAUCUCAUUUUUCUUUUUCUUUUUUCUUUUUUUCUUAUUUCUUUUUUCUUUUUUUCUUUUUUUCUUUUUUUUUUUUUUUUUUAUUCUUUUCAUUUCUUCGAUCACGAGAUAGUUGUUUACCCUUUCACGGUACAUUAGCUCUCAGGCGCAUGUCUACUGUACAAAAGUGUGUAUUUAACAAAUCAUAGAGAAAAUGAACUUUAUUUUUAUACUCGAACAUUUGGAAAUUAUCUCUUUAAUUAAAUCGGUGAUUAUGAAAGUGUUUUGAAGUGAAAAAUUAAAACAAGAAAAAAAAUUAGUUCAUCGCGUAAAUUCUUAUGAUUAGGUCAAUUGCCAUGCUAAUUGUGCAGUAAAAUAAUUAAAAAAAAAAAAAAAAAAAAAAAAAAA